GAUACAGGCUGCACGUUUUGCUCGGUUCCUGAGUUGCCAUCUGAUAAGCAGAUCGAUUUCCAAGCUAACUUGAAUGGAACCAAGAUUUUACCCUGGAAACAUGUUUUGAUAUUGACCCAUGGAUUUAGUGAUUUUUCCACUAUGCCCUCAAAGAUCGAACUUGUGCCUGGUUCAUUGAGCUCAGAAAUAAACCUGUUGAAGAAACACAUAAUCAGCCCUCACCAUCCCAUCUUGGUGCUGAACAUCUUGUUGAAGUCUCACAAGAAAUUGGUAUACUUGUACCCUGACAAUAAGGUGAUCAAAUUUGACUUGAAUCACACUCAAGAUUUUGUACGAAAGUAUCUUGUUCCUCAAGCCAGCGAGCUAGCACCAGUGUACAAUCCUUUCAAAGUUGCGGCCGAAGAAUCAUCUAGUAAAAAGACGGAAGAGCCAGUAGCCGGCCAUAACUUCGACGAGUUCACAGUUGAUAAGAACUUGGUGCUUAUAUGUGGCCACGCAAAAAGAGACAUUCGAUGUGGACAGUUGGCUCCAUUGCUAGAAAACGAAUUUGAGCAGGUUCUACACCGUGAGAAUUUGAGCAAAAUAACAGACUUGGGCCUCAUCUCUCAUAUAGGUGGACAUGCCUACGCCGGCAACGUGAUCUACUUCCCUAAAGAAAACGACAAGGACAUAAUCUGGUAUGGAAGAGUGUUUCCUGAAACGGUCCAGGGCAUUGUGAGUGAGACUAUUAAGAAGGGCACAAUCAUUGCUGACUUGUACAGAGGAGUUCUUCCCCAAAACUAG